UUCUGAAACAUCUAUAAUAAUUAACACAGUCGAGGUGGAUUGAUAUACAAGAAAUCAUAUUUUAACAACUAUUAAAGUCCUAUAAAAUUGCAAACAUCAAACCUUAUUGUUUUUUUAAAUUGUAACAUUUGUAAACUAUUAGUAUAUUUGUAGACUAGUGGCCAGAAGAAAACUAAAACAGAAGAAAUGACAGACGUCACUGCAGAAUGUCAAAAUCCAACAGCACAAAAAACAGAAAAUUAUGAGCAGGUGACAAGAAAUUCCAAAGACAAUCAAGAUCCGCUAGAGCUUUACGAUUUAGAAAUAACAGAAACUGCACGAGGUUCAGAAUCUCUUGAGACUGAUUUCGGGGAAACAUACGGUUCAGGAGAUAUUCAAGAUUCGCCGGGUUCUUUUGAAGUUGACCACAAGCAAUUAAUUGAAGACGGUUCCUUUGAAGAAAUUGAAUUAGAAGCCAAAGGAAAGAGAAGAGAUAUUCGGAAAGGUGUUUCGCCUGUGUUACAGAACUCUUCUACCAGUGAACAGGAACAGCCAUAUAAUGAGACUAAUUCGGAGAUAGUUCCCAGUGUUUUGAAAAGAAAGAUUGCUGUAUCUGGUGCUUUUCUCAUCAUAACUUUGUUUACUAUAAACUGUAACCAGCUGAAGUUUGCGAUAGACGUUGGAUCAACAUAUGAGUACUACUCCGUUGUAGUUAGCCUGUUAGUAGUUUCAAUGACUCUUCAGAUUUCUGCUAGUAUGUCGUUGUUUCUACUUGGAUGUUACAAUUUCAGAAGUCCACGAGAUAAACGUCAGGCUGCUAUUUUAAAUAAUUCAACUUUGAUAAUUGUGUGCAUCAUUACAAUUAUGAAUUUCUUCAUCACGAUAUUCAGCAUGAAAGCCACUGACCUGGAAAAAUGUCUGGAUACAAGUACAUAAUUGUAUAAACCUUGGGAAUCGUAAAGUCUGUGUCCAAUGUCUCUAGUAAUCAAACUACAGUAUUAAUAGUCUAGAAAAAGUCAUACAGUUUUAUGUUUGUUUCAUUAAACUAUAAAUAAUAACUCACCUUAUAUUAAUUUUUGUAGUAUGAAAGUUGUAAUAUAUCUUUUAUAGAAACAUUUC